CCGGAGCCGCGAAGGCCUGAGGAGCCGGGAAUCUCUCCCCUCCCGGGGAGGGUGCGGCGGCUACUGAUAGUGAACCUGCCUUCUCAGCACUCCUGGCUAGCUGCAGUACCUCACUAUGGCUCCUAAAGAUAUAAUGACUAAUUCUCACGCCAAGUCCAUUCUCAAUGCAAUGAAUUCUCUUCGUAAAAGUAACACUCUUUGUGAUGUGACCUUGCGUGUGGAACAGAAAGACUUUCCAGCCCAUCGUAUUGUAUUAGCAGCUUGCAGUGACUACUUCUGUGCAAUGUUCACCAGUGAGCUUUCAGAGAAGGACAAACCCUAUGUGGAUAUCCAAGGUCUAACAGCCUCUACAAUGGAAAUUUUGCUGGACUUUGUAUAUACAGAGACAGUCCAUGUGACGGUAGAAAAUGUUCAAGAGUUGCUCCCAGCAGCCUGUCUGCUUCAGCUGAAAGGGGUGAAGCAGGCUUGUUGUGAAUUCCUGGAAAGCCAGCUGGAUCCAUCCAACUGCUUGGGGAUCCGAGAUUUCGCCGAAACACACAAUUGUGUCGAUUUAAUGCAGGCAGCGGAGGUAUUCAGCCAGAAGCAUUUCCCAGAUGUAGUUCAGCAUGAAGAGUUCAUCCUGUUAAGCCAAGAAGAAGUGGAGAAGCUCAUUAAAUGUGACGAGAUUCAGGUGGAUUCUGAAGAGCCUGUCUUUGAGGCAGUCAUUAACUGGGUGAAGCAUUCAAAGAAGGAAAGGGAAGCAUCCUUGCCUGAGCUUCUGCAGUACGUCCGCAUGCCGCUUCUCACCCCGCGCUACAUAACCGAUGUCAUAGACACGGAGCCUUUUAUUCGAUGCAGCUUGCAGUGCAGAGACCUUGUUGAUGAGGCUAAGAAGUUUCAUCUAAGGCCUGAGCUUCGCAGCCAAAUGCAGGGACCCAGAACCAGAGCACGUUUGGGUGCCAAUGAAGUUCUUUUAGUAAUCGGCGGCUUUGGAAGUCAGCAAUCACCUAUUGAUGUGGUAGAGAAAUAUGACCCAAAGACACAAGAGUGGAGUUUUCUACCAAGCAUCAGUCGUAAAAGACGCUACGUUGCCACAGUAUCCUUGCAUGAUCGAAUAUAUGUGAUAGGUGGUUACGAUGGCCGUUCUCGACUCAGCUCUGUGGAGUGCUUGGAUUAUACGUCGGAUGAAGACAGCAUCUGGUACUCUGUGGCUCCAAUGAACGUUAGACGGGGUCUAGCUGGAGCCACCACUCUGGGAGACAUGAUCUACGUUUCUGGAGGUUUUGAUGGAAGCCGGCGCCAUACAAGUAUGGAGAGAUAUGAUCCGAACAUUGAUCAGUGGAGUAUGUUGGGAGACAUGCAGACGGCUCGAGAAGGCGCUGGAUUGGUUGUUGCUAACAAUGUUAUCUACUGUCUUGGUGGUUAUGAUGGUCUGAACAUCUUAAAUUCUGUGGAGCGAUAUGAUCCCCAUACUGGGCACUGGACAAAUGUCACUCCAAUGGCCACCAAGCGCUCAGGAGCUGGAGUAGCCUUGCUGAAUGAUCAUAUUUAUGUUGUUGGAGGAUUUGAUGGAACAGCACAUCUUUCAUCAGAGUAUGAUGGUAACUCACUGCUGAGCAGUAUUGAGUGCUAUGACCCCAUCAUUGACAGCUGGGAAGUGGUAACAUCACUGGGGACCCAGCGAUGUGAUGCUGGUGUUUGUGUACUGCGGGAGAAAUGAUGUCCGGAAAGAAAGACCUUGUCAGAGCACUUCUUGGAGCAGAGAGACUAUUGGAGAAAGCACCAGGGGGCUUACAUCUUGUGGGUGUGGAUGCAGUGACCACUGACCCUGUGCUGUGCACCCACAAGCUCAUCUUCAAAGCUACUGAUCCUGGUGGGGAAAACCCACACACACAAUGCACUUUGAGGUGAUCAUGGAGGAAUUACAUACUCAUCCAGACUAUCCCAGAGAAAAUGGUAUGUCGGAGCAGCAAGGAUGCCUUCGCCUUCUGACCUGCUGAAUGCCUGAGAUUAAACAAGUUCAUCUCCGUCCUCUCCAAAGCAUCAGUCCAUGCAGGGAGAUGAGAGUUUGGGUCCACAAGUGGGUUUGUGCUUGAAUGUUUUCAUGUACCAAAUAUGCUGCAGUGCAGACAUACUGUUAGUGAAGAUUUAGUGGGCAGACUGCGCUUUCUGGGUGCUUGUUCAGGUUCUGUGCACAAACUUGUACACAAUGGUGGGAUAGAGUCAGAGACAAUGAUUGGCACAUGAACUGCAAAGACUCAGUGUCUUGGUGUAUAUAAACACAGAAGAGGGAAUGGAGACCAGACGCUGCUGUAAUACUCAGUGGGGAAGAAUGGCAGCUAUACAGGAAGAGAACGUUGCAUUUUAUGUCUUCUAGUGGUUGGGCCACCAACAUUUCCUGGAGUGUGGGGGUAUUCAAGUACUUGUGAAUGAAAACCUGACUCUACAUUGCAUCUUUUUCUAAAUACAGAACUUUUGGGUGUUAGCAGAGCAGUGAAAUAAUGUAUUGACCACUGUGUCCUUGGGGUUCUUGGAGACCUGAGCUACAAUGGAUGGGUGCCUAGGUUGGAGGGAAACUGCAGUGUAUGCUUUCUAAGGGUAUGUCUGCUCAGUUGACUUUUCAGGGAUUGGAUGUGUAUUUACAGUGCAGCCCAUCCCCACAAUCACAGAGCACCUUUUCUCAAACCCACCUUAAUCACCAGCCAGUUUGCACUGCAGAUAAGCAGUACAAUCCUGUGCACAGUUAUUCCCGUCUAAGCACUCUGAUUUCAGUUCUCUUCGACAGGAGUAACUGUACACUGGAUUGCAGUGAAAGUGAAGCCUGAUGCCCUGCACAGGUCUCAGACUGCAUGCCUAGUGUGAACACUGUUGCCAUGGUGUUCUCCUUUUUCUUCAUCUGAUUUUUAACACUGUUUCUUGUACUCCUGCUUUAGUGAUAAAGUAAGAACAUGGGAAAUUUGUGUGCACUCAGCAUACAGAUAUUUCCAACAUAGUUUCUCCUGCAGAGCAUCUCUCCAGAUCCAGUUGCAGCAAGACUUUAGAAUCCUUCAUCUUGAACUGGAAUUUUUUUAUUGUUUGCUGAGCAUCACUCUCUGUAGUGGCAUCUAGGACUCCAUUUCUUCUCGCUGCUCUUCUGGUGUGUGAUGCAGUCUACAUUAGGUGUGUGAAGAUGCACCAAGACCUGUGUUGCUGAAAUGGACCCCUGAGCCUGUGGAUACUGCAGCUCCAUCCUUUAUGUACAUGCCAUAAAUUAUCAGCAUGACCCUGGAGCUCUUUCCCCUGACCUACUGAGCCUCUUUCUGUGUUGCCUAUCAGGUAUCAAGGGGUGAAUGUAUUUAUUUUCUUGGGUGCUGUUGACUCUUUGCUUUGGGGAUACAGUAGCAUGAGAUUAUUAUGCACUUUCAAACAACACUGAGUAUAUGAAUUCUGUCCUAUCACACCAGUGUUUGUGAUUAAUUUCUUAUGUAUUUUUUAAUAAAAAUAU